AUGUAUUACAAUGUUCACUUUACAGAUGAGAAACCUUAUUGGUGGGAUAUCAAAAAGGAAUAUCUGAAACUAAAAAACUUGGUGAUAUCAGUUAAAGACCAAUUAAAAAAUUCAGGAAACCAGUGGGUUGAUGAUGUAAAAGAAGAUGUGGUUGCUGAGUUUACCAAAGGGAAAUACACUAUGAGUAAUGUCAGAAAAGACAUAGUUGAAGAAUUGACCACCCUGAUAGAUGAUCUACUGAACCCUUUUUCCUAUCUAGAUGGUUUAGCAGAUCCAUUUAUUCAUGCAUAUGAGGCAACAUUUGGAGUGAUCAAGUCUAUAAAGGAAGCUCACACAAUACUUAAAGAUGGGUAUGAGACAGGAAAAUCAUUACUGGACAGUAUUUUUGGUAGUAAAGUUCCUCCAGAGUUUCCUAGGAAGACCAGGCUAGACAAGGAUGGUUGUAGAGGGACAGGAUUUUAUCCAGCAAGAUUGAUAAGUGGGGAUGAGGAGUAUUGGUCUGAGGGUGUAGACUUGGAAAUAGCAGCUGGAAACAGGAUUGUGGCCCCUUUUGCUGGUUAUAUGAUGCUGACUGACAGACCUAAUGAAAUCCUUAUAAAGACGACUGGUGGAUCACUGAAGGAUAUGGAAGUUUAUAUAACAAACAUUUCUCCAAUGUCAACAAUUCUUCAUCCAAAUGAUGAGAACUACAUAGAAAACUCGAUUUCUUCAGGUGUAGAUAUAGGAACAGCCACCAACUCACCCUGUACAAAUCACAUUCACCUAACAAUGAAGAAAGGGGGAGGAUAUAUUGAUCCCACUAGAUUUCUGGAAGACAGGAUGUUUGUUUUUGAACCUUACUAUGAAUCCUGUAAUGAUUAUAAACUAGUGUGGAAAUUCGAGGUGAAAGCUGUUGGUUUAGUGGUGAAGAAAGAGGGAAAGAAUGAGGAAGACACUACACCAGAUAUGCCCAACAGUGAUGUAGAUCCUGUGGACCCUCCUCCAAUGUCAGCUGACCCAGGAGGAGACAUACAGGCGGCAAAAAAUAACCCAAGUGGCAUGUUUUCCAAAUUUCAAAACUCAGGAUCUUUGUCUGGAUCAAUGUCUGGAGUAAAAGAUAUGUUUUCUACACUUCUAAAGAAAGCAGACAGUUUCAUGAAAAGAUUUUCAUUGAAGAAAUUAAAGUUAGGAGAUAUUAUAGAAUUUCUGGAUAAACUUGGCAUGACAGACAGUAAACAAAAGUUAGCUGAUGUUCUCAAGUCGAUAAAGAAACUGAUAGAUAACAAACCUUGUCUAAAUCCAGCACAAGCAACAGAUGAUCAGCUAAAACAAGAACUGAUGGAGCGUGGUAAAUCAAGUGACGGAUCGAGAGAACAGAUGAUCACCAGACUCACAACACCUGACAAAAGGUGUCCAUGGAUGUUUAUCACUACACCAGAUAAUAUGUACUGUACCUAUGACUCCAUGUGUCUAGGUUUGGAGUGUUGUAUGAAUGUUAAGUUUCUUAUGUUCCUGUACACCAUUAAAGCCUAUGCCAGAUAUGAUCCUUGUCAGUACCAGUUUAGUUUUGGGAUAGGAGACCAUAACUACACACUCAAGUUUGAUAUGGGAUAUGAUGGAUUGUCAGAUGAAAUACUCACUGGUUUAAAAUUUGACAUCAUGGGGGGAAUAGACGGAGUAUUGAAAUAUGACAUACAGAAGACAGAUACUGGAUUAUUGGCAUCUGUUUCACUAGGAUUAUGUCAACGAGAGGAUACCAGUAAUUGUUUGGCAGAAUUCAGUUUGUUAGCCAAUGCUGUAUUACCUCUGCCUAUAUGUAAAACUGAUGGAUCUAUUACAUGGCCUCAAGACUGCCAAGUAGUUGUCCCUGUAGAUGUAGUAUUUGUAGUUGAUGAAUCUGGAAGUGUUGGAGAAAGUAAUUUCCAGUCCACCAUGACAGCUUUAUCAAACACUGUGGACAAACUUGCUAUUGGUGAAGAUUUAGUCCGCGUUGGUGUCACACUUUUUGCAGGGACAGGUACUUCCAGAUCACUGUUAGAUCUAAACACCCAGUACAGCAGUACAGCAAUCAAGGAGACAUUUUCCAGUGCUGUUUACAAGAAAGGCUCCUAUACAGAUAUAGCGGAUGCUUUCAGAUAUGCAUGUGAGGAAAUGUUUGUUAGUAAUAAGGGUGAUCGCUCUGAUGCACAGAAUUACCUUGUACUAUUAACAGAUGGUAAAAAUAACAAGGGAGCUAAUCCAGUAGUGACAGAAGCUGCUGCUUGUAAGAGUGCUAACAUAAGAAUAGUUACUGUAGGUAUUGGAUCUGGCAUAGAUGAACAGUUACUGAAGGACAUAUCAUACUCUCUACCAAACUAUUACCUACAUACAAUAUAUGAUGAUCUACAUAAAACCCUACCCCAGCUUGUUAUUCAGACAUUGGAUUGUAGUUUUGCUUGGAACAUUAAUUAUAAAGCCUAUCUAAGCCUUGACUCAAUUAAAAGUACAAUUAAAGAAGCAGCAAUAAAGAAACUUGAAGAAGGAAAACAGCUACUAAAGGAAAAACUGUUAGAAGCUCUUGGUUUACCUGAGGAUAUCUUGCAGUCAACAGGACCAUGUUUACGACCAGAUAAGAUGUCAUCAUUUCAACUUACAAACACUUUAACUGAUAGAGGUCUAAAUACCACUGGGUCCAAUCAGGAACUUGCUGAAAGGUUGAAGGCUGAUGAUAGAAGAUGUGAAACAAUGGGGAGAGAAUUAUCAUUGCCAGAUAUCUCUAAUAGUUGGCUUAAUGAUCAUCUGUAUUACUAUAUAUCCAAUGACUGUCUAAGGUUAGAUGCCUGUGCUGAUAUAUCACUGAGCAUCGCUGAUUUUAAUUAUGCCAAAUCGUUCAGGGCGUUUGUAGAGCUGGACUUCUGUAAAUAUAUUCUGAAGUUUGGAUUUGAAGGAAGAAUAAGAUCUUUGAUCCUGAUCAGCUAUCAAUGGGGAAAGAAAGAGACUCUAACAAUAACAAAGGAUGUGCAAGUAAUAUUUGUAAUUGACAAAAAUGAUGACAAGAAAGUCUUUGAGAUUGACUUUGGACUAAAGCUGUGUUUCCAGGGAAGUUGUAUAAUAGAUCAGCUGUUUUUAGAGAACUAUGAAAUACCUAUACCAAUAUGUAAUGAAAACUUCACUUUCUCAGGAGAUUCCAUAUCUGAUCUGAUCACAGCUAUUGGUGGUAAAAUGACAGAGGAAGCAUUUGACAUUGUCUUACGACAUUUAGGAUUGGAUAAAUAUUUCACCUCUGGAUCAUGUGAUGUACCAAAAGGACCUGUAGAUUGUCCAGUGAUGAUUAACCCCCAGAAAUACUUACCAGCUAGUAUCAGAACCAUGGUCCAGUGUCAAAUGACAGACAAUUGUCUAGGUCUACAUUGUUGUUUGGAUCUGACCUUCAAACUUCCACUAGGAGAUAGAAUGGUGACCUUCAAUAUACCAUUCUGGGUUAAGUUUGAUCCAUGCCAGUUUGAAGUAGAUAUUGCGUUUGGAGGAUUUAGAUACAAGAGAUAUAUCUUAAACUAUGAUUGGGGUGAAAAGAAUGUGAUCUCUAUUGGGAAAGGAGCAAGUGCACCAGUUAAAAUUGAGUAUUCUAUAGACAAGAUGGCAGAUGGUAAAGGAUUCAUUGUGGAUGUUUUGAUCAAGAUUUGUCUGCCAAUUGACAGUGAUCAGCACUGUAUACCACAAAAUGGAAUUCAUCUUCUACAACAGCAAAAAGUUCCCCUUUGUUCUGAUGACUUUUUGGACUGGAUGAAAGAUUGUAAAUCAGUGUUGCCAUCAGAUGUAAUAUUUGUGGUGGACGAGUCUGGGAGUGUUGGUCAGGACCAUUUUGAUGAUACCAUGGUAGCCUUGUCUAAGACCAUUGAUAAACUUGCCAUCAGGAAAGAUAUGAUCCGUGUCGGAAUGUCGUUGUUUGGAGGAACUGAUACAUCAAGGACACGCUUUGACUUGAAUUUUAGUUACAAUAAAACAGAAAUAUCAACAGUAAUAAUGAAAACAUCUUACAUUAAAAGAGGCUAUACAAACAUAGGUGAUGCACUGAGGUAUGCAUGUGAGGAAAUGUUUGUUUCUGGGAAAGGUGAUCGGCACGAUGCUCAAGAUUAUGUUGUACUGUUGACUGAUGGGAAAUCUAAUCGAGGAGAUACAGCAGUAGGAGCAGCUACAUGUAGUGAUAGGAACAUUACCAUUAUAGCUGUAGGGAUAGGAGACGGUAUCAGUGAGAAAGAAUUAAGAGAUAUAGUCUCUAAACAGAAAUACUACUUCAAUACUACCUACACAGAAUUAUCCGAGGCUCUACCAGACCUGGUGUCUACUUCUAUUGACUGCAGUGCUGAUUUACCAUCAUUUAUUUCUGGUUGGUUGAAAGAUACAGGCCUUAGUGUACUUGAAGAGAUUAAAGAAGGAGGAAAACUGUUAAUAUUGAAGAGGCUAGGACUGGAAGAUUUUUUCAGUGGUCCUAAAUGUGAUCAUCUUAGAAAACCAUACAGUCCAAAUGUCCAGGGAUGGAAUAAUGAAUGUCCAAAAGGUAGUCUAGGUAUGCCUGCUUUACCUGACCAGAUGUCUUGCCAUUACACAAGCACAUGUACUGGUAUAGAAUGUUGUGUAACCAUUCCAGAUCUUGACCUGACCUUACAUCCUUUCAUCUUCAUCGACCCUUGUGAAUACACUAUUAAUUAUGGCAUCAACACCAUCAACAAAACUAUCAAACUUAUUAAUUAUGAAUGGGGAAAGACAGAAAAGAUAUCUCUUGCCAAUGGCAUUAUCCAGUUGGAGCUAACAAUAAAGAAACCAGCAGAGAUGAAGAAAUUCAUUGUGGAUAUGACAGCAAAAGCUUGCUUCAAAUCAUCCUGUAUUCCUAAUGUGAAGAUUUUUGAUGGCACAGAAAUACCUCAACCUGUAUGUGACAUGAAUGCCAACUUUAACUUGAAAAAUUUUUCUUUGACUGAUUGGGCUGAUAGAGUUGGAACAGACAUUGGACAACACCUUAAUUCACAGUUCAAACAACUAUUGAUAGAACAGCUGGGGUUGGAUAUAUUACUGAAGAAACCAAGUUGUAACAGAAACAGCACAACUUUCAGUCCAGCAACAAAUGGAUGGAAAAAUGAUUGUCCAAUCAUGACACCAUCCCCCAUCACAGUACCAGCUUCCUGUUACAUACCUGAUUAUUGUACAGGUGUAGAUUGCUGUUUUGACUUUGAUUACCUGGAUUUGCACCUGAACUUCUACCUGUAUAUUGACACCUGUAAUUAUGUCAUCAGAGUUGGAAUAGAAUCCCUGACAUUUGAAAUAUCUCUGUUUGAUUACAACUGGGGUGAAGUGAAAGAAGAAAGAUUAGUUGAAGUAAUUAGAAUUCGGUACAAGAUUGACAGAUUGGAGGAACAGAAAAAACUCAUUGUAGAUGUGGAGUUUAAAAUUUGUUUAGACGGCAGUGUAUGUGGAACUUCAUUUAAAUUAUUUGAUAAACAACUGAUCCCUCAGCCUCUUUGUGAUAUGGAGAUGGAAGGUCAGCUGUUAAAUAUAUCUUUGGAAGCCUGGCUAACAGCAAAUGGAGAGGAGAUCGGUAACACCUUAUCAACUGCAGUAGCUAAUAAACUGUUAGAUGAUCUUGGAUUAACAAACUUCAUGAGUUCAGAGCCUUGUGACAGAUACAGUGGAAUGUUUACAGAAAAAGGCUGGAAUACAAAAGAUUGUCCAGUAGAGUUAGACCUCCCUCCAAUAGACUCCUCAGUCAGCUGUUAUAUACCUGAUUACUGCACUGGAAUCAACUGCUGUAUAGAGAUAGACCAAAUAGGCAAAACAUUUAAUGCCUAUGCAUUGUUAGAUGGUUGUAACUGGAGGUUAACUGUUGGUAUAGAAAGGCGAAAAAUAGAGAUAUCCCUCAGAGACUAUACAUGGGGUGAAACAAAAGUGUUGACUUUGAUGGAAGCAGUUCAGAUAGAAUAUUCAAUUCAUGACCUAAAAGGAGAAAAGAAAUUUAUGUUGAAUCUGAAGAUAAAUGUCUGCCUACAAAAACAAGCACAAUGUAUAUUUACAAAGACUGUAUUCCACAACACCAAACUUCCAAAGAUAGGUUGUGACUGGUCAGAUAAUACUUUUAAUGUUAAUGACUUUUCCUUGAAGCAGUUCCUAGUAGAUAAUAAUGCUGUAGGAUUAGCUAAAGGACUAGUUUUGUACAAGUUACUGGAUAUGUUAGGGAUCUCACUGGAUCUAAAGGAUGUACCAUGUGACAGAAGAGCAGCACCAUAUAAUCCAGUCCUAUCUACUGGUUGGAAUAAUGGUUGUAAAAAUGGAUUACCUUUCUCGUUGCCAUCUUUACCUAGCUCAGUGAGCUGCCAUGUGUAUGAUACCUGUACAGGGAUGGACUGUUGUAUAGAGGUGAAGGAGAUCAGCAGGUCACUUAAUCUCUUCCUCAAUCUGGAUACCUGUAAUUAUCACCUGUCAGGAGGAAUAGAAAAACUCAUCUUCAACAAAUCUCUUAUCAAUUACAAGUUUGGUCAGAAAGAAAUGUUUACAUUGAAGAAUGUUAUCAGAAUUGAAUUUGUGAUUCAAGACUUGUCCAUGGAAAAGCAGUUCCUUAUUAACAUGGACUUAAGUGUUUGUUUUGAAGCUAAAGGUCCCUGUGUGUUUACAUCUAAUAUUUUAAGGAAUGCAAGGUUACCAAAGCCUUUGUGUGAUCUCAGCUCUACUUUGACAUUUGGAGAUAUUUCACUGAAAGAGUUGGCAGAAAACUUGAAGUUGGACAUAUCAGAGCAGCUUCCAUCAUUUGCCAAAGAUUUAUUACUGGAAAAACUUGGUAUAUCAGAAUAUAUGCAGAAUCCGUCAUGUAAUAGAUCUUCAUCAUUAUAUACCCCUAGGCAUAGUGGAUGGAAAAAUGCUUGCCCAGGCAACAUACCCCUACCUGCCCUGGGUGAUAAUAUGAAUUGUUACCUGACAGACUAUUGUACAGGGAUAGAUUGUUGUGUAGAGAUACCUCAGAUCAGACAGACAUUCCAUGUUUAUGUUUUACUGGAUGCUUGUAACCACAGGAUGGAUAUUGGUAUAGAGAAUUUGGCUGUACAUAAAGCAUACUUUGAUUUUGAGUUUGAUACAGAACAGACAGUUCAGCUUAGUAAACUCCUUACACUAAAGUACACUAUCAGUGACUUAGAGAAGAGAUAUGUAGUAAACAUGAGUAUCACAGUUUGUUUAGAACCUUCAGGACCAUGUAUCAUGUCAUUGGAAAUUCUGAGGAACUCAUACUUACCUAAGUUGGGUUGUAACUGGAGUAUGGACUUUUCAGAGUUUUCCCCAUCUAAGUUAUUACAAGACAGUGGAGUGACAAUAGCUGACAACUUACCAGAGGUGCUCCUAUCACAGGUGAUGGAAAAGAUGGGAAUCACAGACUACCUACUGGAUCCACAAUGUGACAGACAAACCUAUAAUACGGACAGUAGUGGAUGGAACAAUCAGUGUGGCAAUCCUAACAUGACACUACCAGACCUACCACCUGACUUUAACUGUGUUAUGUAUCCAAACUGUUCUUCUGUUCAAUGCUGUGUCUACGUCAAAUUCCUGAAAAGGAAUGUUCAUUUGUCAAUGGAUUUAGAUAUCUGUUCCAGAAAGAUUUCUUAUGCUGUAGAGAAACUAAAGAAAGAAUUAGUCUUUGACAGCAAACUGGAUGUUGAUGGACAGAUGAAACUUCUGAGUUUUAUUACAUUAGACUACACAUUAGCUAAUACUGAGGAUGAAGUCAGAGUAAACCUGAACUUGACGGUCAAGCUGGACGAUGAUACAAUUCUGUACCAUUCUCAACUAUUACACGACACAAUGAUUCUAAAAAUACCAUGUGAUUGGAAUACUGGAUUCUAUAUACCAGAUUUUUCUCUGCAGUCAUUCCUUCAGACAGUAUCUCUCCCAUCAAAAGAGGACAUGACAAAACUAAUGGGACAGAAAUUGUUAGAGAAAAUGGGUAUAGCACAUUUACUGGAGGAGAAUCCGUGUGAAAGGUCUAGUUCCAUAUAUAGUCCAUCUGUUAAUGGCUGGAAGAAAGAUUGUCCACUCGGUGUACCUUUAAAACCACUGUCUAUACCAGCUACCUGUAGAAUACCAGAUCAUUGUACUGCUAUUGAUUGCUGUAUAGAGGUUGACUUUCUUCACAGAUCGUUCCAUGCCUACAUUGACAUAAACACAUGUGACAACAUGUUUACUGUUGGAAUAGAGAAGCUAAAAAUAGAUCCUGUCAGUCUCAUUAACUAUGAAUUUGGUACUACAAAGAACUUUAAUCUAAAAGGAUUUGUAAGAGUAAGUUACAAUAUAGAAGACUUACAGACCCAGAGAAAGUAUAAGGUCAAUGUGAACCUCAGCAUUUGUAUUGAAUCUGUUGGACCUUGUUUAUAUGAUGCAGUAUUAUUUAAAGAUACCAUACUUCCAAAGAUUAUGUGCGACUGGGAAGCAGGUUUUUCUAUACCAGACUUUUCUCUGGAGAAGUACACUGCCAUAGCUGGAGAAUUGAUGAGCAACUUGACAGAUUCAUUCAAGGAGAAGUUAUAUGAAGAUCUUGGUAUAGCUGGUUACCUAAGAGAAGAUUUGUGCUCCCUUACAUCAGAUGCCUUUACACCUAAUCUAAAUGGGUGGAAAUCUGAAUGUAGACAGGAUUUAUCCCUGCCAGCUUUACCCAGUUCUACAGUUUGUAAUCUACAUGACACAUGUACUAAUAUCAGCUGUUGUGUCAAUGUGGAUUUCCUGAAAAGAUCCUUCUUUACCAAUAUUGAAAUGGAUGCUUGUCAACAGAAAAUAAGAUUCAGUAUUGAAAAGUUAAAACAGGAAAUAAACAUUCUAGACUACAAGUGGGGUACAAUUGAGAAAAGAUAUCUUAUGAAUGUUGUUAGACUUGAAUAUGUGAUAGAUGAUCUGACAGUAACAUCUGAAUACCAGAUAAGCCUUAAUAUAAGUAUCUGUUUUGAAUCAAAGAAGACCUGCUAUUUAAGUAUGAAGGUGUUUGAUCAUUAUAAACUUCCAAAAGUUUUCUGUAAUUGGGGAACAGGAUUUAAAAUUCCUGAGUUUUCACUUACAAAGUUUUUGGAGGGACAGAAAGAAGAAUUAUCAGACCAGUUAUCAGCAUCUGUAACCCAGACUUUAUUAGAUAAACUUGGUUUAACAGAAUUCUUCCUAGAUAACCAGUGCGACAGAACCAAGGAUCCUUUCUUUACUGGCUGGAGAAAUGAUUGUCCAAGUAGUGAUUUAUCAUUAACUAUACCAUCAUCAGUAUCCUGUGUAUUGCCAACUGACUGUUCAGCCUUAACAUGUUGUACAGACAUAAAGUUAAUCAGCCGUACUAUAAGUACACACAUAGCAAUAGAUCCCUGUAAUUACACUAUGAGUAUCAGUAUAGAAAAGCUACAAGUACAACUAUCUCUACUGAAAUACACAUGGGGAAAGGAAGAACAGUUUACACUACAAGGUGGAAUAGUUCUCAAGUACAAUGUAUACAACUUACAAAGUGAGAAGAUGUUCAUGAUAGAUCUGAGUUUACAUAUCUGUUUGGAACAGAGUGAUCCCAAUAGCUGUGUUUUCAAUGUUACUAUUCUGAAGAACUCUCAACUUCCCAAACCUCUAUGUAACUUGGACAUGGGAUUUAUACAGGAUGAAUUCUCCUUUACCAGUUGGCUAACAGAGAACAGUAUAGUGAACAAAGGGACUUUAAAGGAUAUCUUUGUGGUUCAACUUCUGAGAGAACUUGGCGUAGACCAGUAUAUGAUGUCAUCUCCCUGUGAUGUACAGGCUGCACCAUAUAUACCUACAGAUAGUCAGGGAUGGAAUUCAGAUAGUAUGUAUUAA